AUGGAGAGCACGCUGGAUGAGCGAGAUCACAUGAAAUUCGAGUUCCUCUUCCAGCACCCACAGGGUGCAUCAUCUCACUCACAAGCAACAUCAGAUACGCCAUCCUGGAGUACAAGGACCUCAACAAAGGGCAUAAAAAGCGAAAAGGGUUUUCCCCAGAGACAUGCGACUACCCAUCGAAUUGUUCAAAUUCUUCUGUUGUUGGAGUUAUUUUUCUCUGUGCUCUCGGUCGGGUUAAUCCUACUUUCAAUGACGAUUUGGGGUAAAUCGAAAGAAGAAUUAUCGGCUACAAACAACGAGAAAACAACGAUUCUUGCCCGUAUUUCCCUAUGCGUGAUUCUCUCGGUGAACGUUCUCACGGCUCUCAAUGUCUGUUGCCGAAUGCGAGAUGGGCAGAGUUGCGCCUCAACACUGAUGAUUCACGUCAUUUGGAAGAUCAUUCUGUGUACGGUUUUGAUGCCAACUGUUGCCCUAUUUUCUUUCAUUCGUUUCGAGGAAUACAUCAACUCCUGGCCAUCGCGAUGGUUGGGCGUGAAAAUCUUGAUGUCUUUGUGGUUGUACUCGGUGUUCUCUGUUGGAUCAAUUGUGCUAUUGGCCGGGCUAGCUCGAGGAAUGUGGGCAAAAAAAGCUCGAUUGCGUCGAAGUAGUGUCGACAGUAAAAUUUGCAUAAUUGGUUCAUCGAUGAGCAACGAGUUGGUUACUCUAUCUUCGAUUGAUUUAUUUACUGGUCAACAUUCU